CCUCAAUUGCCCUUCAUACAGCCAUAACUUCUUCUAUCUAAUUGGGAGUUCCAUCCAGAGUCAAUUAUCAAUUGUAUACCUGAAGAUCAAGAAUGGCAUCUGAUAGCAUUGUUAUCGUUGGGGCGGGCAUCAUUGGCCUUGACGUCGCUCUCGUUCUUUCACAACAAGGCUAUGGAAAGAAUAUUACAGCAAUAGCCGAGUACCUGCCUGGUGACACUUCGCCGUCAUACACAUCCCCAUGGGCUGGUUGCAACUUUUCCGCCAUUUCUGGCACUGAUGCGAAUGCUAUAAAAUGGGAUCGCCACGGCUAUGCGCACUUGAAGAAGCUAGCUGCAGAAGACUCUGACAAGUCUUUCGUGAAAAGAACGCCUUCGAUUGAGUUCUGGGAUGAUAAUGUGCCGCAUGACAAGAUCAAGGCCAUGGCUGAUUAUCUCGAUGAUUUCAGAGCUUUGUCUGCCCAGCAACUUCCCGAAGGCGUCAAGUUCGGCUGCGCGUUCACAACUCUGACUGUCAACGCGCCAGCUCAUUGCUUGUACCUAUACAAAAGACUGAGAGAAGAAUAUGGCGUGCGAUUCAUCCGCCGAAAGCUCGGAAGCAUCCAUGAGGCGUACAACAACCCUGCUACGAAAGUUGUCUUCAACUGCACGGGUAACGAAGCAAAGACACUUGCAGGCGUGCAAGACGAGAAGUGCUAUCCAACUCGAGGCCAGGUUCUACUCGUGAGGGCAUCACACGUCAGUACUAACGUCAUGCGUCACGGCAAGGACUAUGAGACCUAUGUGAUCCCUAGACCUGGAUCAAAUGGCAAUGUCAUUUUGGGAGGAUAUAUGCAAAAGGGCAACGAUGAUAGCGCCACAUAUUCAUCCGAGAGCGAGUCAAUCCUCAAAAGGACAACGGAACUAAGCACAGAGCUACAGCAGAAGGAACCAGAGGUCUUGGCUGCAUUUGCAGGCAUGAGACCAUCGCGCGAAGGUGGAGCACGAAUUGAACGUGAUGAAAUCCCCGUCAACGGAGAAAGGCGUGUAAUUGUGCACAAUUACGGUGCUGGAGGUACAGGCUUCCAAGCUGGCUAUGGUAUGGCCUUAGAUGCUGUCAAGAGCAUCGAGGAUAUUCUGAGCACUAUUCCAACCAGGUCAUUGUUGUAAGGCAGGGUUAUAUAGAUGUGUAACUUCAAGUUCCCUGCUUUGAUGCUUCCAAUGCAAGUUUCACAUGUGGUUCCAAUUGGAGAACUUGAUCGACACCUCGCCAGAAGAUAGCAUCCAUUCUCAGUAGACCCAGUCGGAUGACUACGAAGGCAUUGGCUUUGAGACGCAUUUGCUUCCGUGUUGCCUGAAGUAGCUUCAUGUACGAAUGUGCUUCUUCGUAGGUAGUCGACGAGACAAACAUGAAUAACAUGGCGAAGCAAAGUGAUGAGAAUGUACUUUGGCACCAAGGA